AAUCCACCACCCUGUCGAUUCCCCGCGCCAUCCUUUGCUUCAUUCGCUCUCUAUACAAGUCCCUUGGGGCCUUUCGCCGCUUUAUGCUAUAAGGGAUUUCACAUUUAUUUGCGCAUUUUUCCCAUAUUACCUGGUCCCCGCUGCCGAAAACCUUGACCGAUUCGCCUCCGCUUACGGCGAUCAUAUCUCGAAUAUCAUGUCUACAACGACCGGCGCGUUUAUUGCCGGAGGUAUCGCAGCAUGCGGCGCAGUCACCGUGACACACAGCUUUGAAACGGUAAAGAUUCGUCUACAAUUACAAGGAGAGCUUCAGGCGAAAUCCGAGGCCGCGAAGAAAUAUAAGGGUGUUUUCCAUGGCGUGAAGGUCAUUCUGCAGAACGAGGGCCCUCGAGGUCUGUUCCGGGGAAUCGGCUCAGCGUACAUCUAUCAAGUUCUCCUCAACGGCUGCCGUCUCGGUUUCUACGAGCCUAUUCGUGGCGGGCUCACGACCGCUAUUUAUAAAGAUCCGCAAGUCCAAUCCCUCGGUGUUAACGUCUUUGCCGGUGCCUCGUCGGGAAUCAUUGGAGCUGCCGCAGGCUCACCGUUCUUCCUUGUCAAAACCCGCCUUCAAUCAUUCUCACCUUUCCUUCCCGUCGGCACACAACAUCAAUACCGGAACUCAUUUGACGGUCUGCGGAAGAUCUACACCUCAGAAGGGGUUAAUGGGCUAUACCGUGGAGUAGGGGCAGCCAUGGUGCGAACUGGGUUCGGUAGCUCUGUCCAACUACCUACAUACUUCUUUGCGAAGAGACGCUUGAUUAGGCACCUAGGCAUGGAAGAUGGUCCAGCCCUUCACUUGGCCAGUAGCACAGCAUCCGGUUUCGUUGUUUGCUGUGUCAUGCACCCUCCUGAUACAAUUAUGUCCAGAAUGUACAACCAAACUGGCAACCUUUACAAAGGCGUGUUUGACUGCCUCUCGAAGACGAUUAGAACGGAAGGUAUCCUUGCUAUCUACAAGGGUUACUUCGCUCAUCUGGCCCGUAUCCUACCUCACACUAUCUUGACUCUUAGUUUGGCCGAGCAAACCAAUAAGCUCAUGCGCAGGGCCGAGGACAGGUUCCUCUCAGACUCACUCAAGGCCAAUCUUUAAGAGUUGGAAAAAUUGAUUCACCAUACCCUCAGACAGUGGAAAGCACAGAGUAGACAAACCGGCAUUCGCAAUUGGCGCAUGGAAUGUAUAUAAACACCUUUUUUUUUUUUUUAAAGUUCUUGCCGCCCUAUUGAUCAAUGUUCUAGAAAUUGGUGUAUUAGGUUAGUUAAUGCAUCCAGGGAUACAUUUCAAUACCAGUGCAGUUUCAUCUAGACGGAGGUCAAGCAGGCCGGGGGGCAUGUUCGAGCUCGCGUGGACGCGUCCUGGAAACAUUCACAAUCAUGAUGAUCCCGAUUCCCGAGCAAGCUGAAACUGCUCCACUUUCAUUCCGGCAUGCGGCCAAAAAACUGGGGUCGUUGUUGAUCUACCCUACUAUGACAACUAACUUCUUGACCUAAGCC